AUGGGCAGUGCUGCCGCCGACGAAAUCGCUACAGAACGAGUGCGACUCUACAUCAACCCGCUCAAUCCAGAACUAUUAAACAAAAUUAUCGCACCUUCGAUACUGCCGCAAGCGAGUAACAUCUCUUUCCACACUGUGCAAACCUUCCCAGAGCGUGGAUUCGGAUACGUCGAACUGCCCGUCAUGGCCGCGCAGAAGGUCAAGCAGAAGCUCAAUGGAUCGACAUUGAAAGGCACAAAGGUGCGCAUCGAGGAAGCGAAGCCGGAGAGGAAGCGGAAAGCGGAGGAAGAAGGAUACGACGAGGUCGAGGACGACACGGCAAGGAAGGCGAGGAAGUUGGCGAAGAAGGAGAAGAAGCAGAAGCGGGAGGAAGGUGUGCUACCCGGCAUGGAGCUCGAGGAUGGACGACGGGUCAAACGAGGAUGGACUGAAGAUGAGGCGAAGGACUCGAAGCGUAGGAAGAAGAGUGACAAGGCUGUUGGUGAAGCCAAUGGUGAUGGAGAACGACGAUUACGCUUUAAGACUUCGCUGCCACCGAACGCUGUCCCAUUAGCAGAGGAAGGGAAGGACAAGUCCAAGAAAAAGAAGAAGGAUGGCGAGAGCAAAAGGGGGAAGGAAAAGACUGUUGUGCAAGAAUUUGGGAGAUCUAAGAAGUCGAGGGACGUCUCUUUCAAUCUUGGUGAUAACAGCAAGAGGGCUGCAAGGUAUGAGGACGGCAAGGGUUGGGUGGACGAGGCUGGUGAGGUCGUUGAGGCAGAGCGUCCCUCCAAGAAGCCGAAACGACGAAAGCAUACUGAAGACCAGGAUACCAUCAUGGAGGAAAAUCAAGCUCCGAUUGCAGUCCGGGAGGUGGAAGAAUCAAGACAGGAUCAAGCGGAUCCAGAAGAAGACGAAGACGCAGAGGAGCACGACAGCAAUUCACCACACGACGAGUCAGUUGAGAAUGAAAAAGAUCAGCCUAUGACUGCCGACAACGCAACGCCACCGAUUGCUAAGGACGAGCAACCACCACCACCUCCAGUGAAUGAAGUCCAUCCGCUCGAGGCCCUUUUCAAGAAGCCUGCCUCCGGUGGAAACAGCGCUCCAAAACCCAAGCCUGGACCAAUCGACACAUCUUUCAGUUUCUUCGACGCCGGUGGAGAUCAAGACGAUGAGGAUGUAGGCACGAAUCAGCCACCUCAGACACCGCACACGAGGCGCGACCUAGAGUGGCGUAGCCUGCGCUCUGCAGCGCCUACUCCGGAUACUGCAGCGAUUGGGCGGAAGUUCAGCUUCCCUUUUGCGGGCGAUCACGAUGAAGACGAUGACGGUGAGGACCCCAACGACCAUGACGAUGACGAUGUAGAGUGGCGCAAUACACAGCAGGCCAACAGUGGAGCGACUCGCCCUGAGGACGGCGAGCGAGGCGAAGAAAGCGGAUUUCGAAAAAGGUUCUACGACGGUCGAGGAGACUUCAACCGGGGCUGGAAGAAGCGAAGGCGAGACGAAAGAAAACAGAAGCGGCAGAGGGACAACCGGAGGUUCAGUCAGAGGGUGGCAUGA